AUGAAAUACCAGGCAGAAAAGCCCACAGGAAUGGGGAUGGGCUUCGCUGGGAUACCCUAGAGUUCUCCAGGCGACUUCUGUCAGAGUUAGGCCUUGAGCCGGAAGGAUGAGUGGGAUUGGCCACAGCUCGUAGUGCUCGUGGAAAAAAGAAGGGCGGGGCCAGAGGCAGACCUUAUAAAUGUGGUGAGGUCGCAGCACACUUUUUCUUCGUACGGUUUGGCGUGUGGUUUGUGAGCCACACGAAGCUCCGGAUUCCAAGUUGGAGGAAGAAAUUCGAAGACGAUGGCAGCUGCCUCAGCGGGCACUCAAAAAAAGGCGACACCGGCCUCGGCCCAGGCCCAAACCCCAGAAAAAGAACAGGAGAUGGCUGCGGAGAUGGUGGCGCAGGCACCAAAAGCAAAGGCAGCAGGAGGAGGAAGGUUCUCGGCCAUCACCUCCCCUUCCUUUAGGGGAAAAGCACAACAGGCCCAGGCCCCCACCUCCGAUGCAGAGAAGGCCACGAUGCCCAAGAAGCCGAAGACCACGGAGAGGGGUCGUCUUCCACCAUUCCUGCAAGUUCCGUGGAGAAUCGCAAACUUCUCGAUUCAGGGACCGUGGGCAGCGCCUGCUGGGCCGGAGGAGAUGAAGGCCAGUGAGGAGGCAGCGGUGGCUAGGGAGGAAGCGAUGGAAGCGCCGGUAGCACAGAGACCAGUGCGGAUACCACUAUCGCCAGCCUCGCUAGCUGCACACACGCUGGCUUCGAUCAGGAUGAUCCGCUACAGCAUUGUCACCAAGUCUCUGGAUGACAUAAAGGUCCAACAGAAGCAGCAGAACUGGAACCAAGGACAGGGUGAUCGGAGAGUCAUUGAGUUCAACAGAAAUGAAGAUAUCAAGCAGGAGACUGGAGAUUUCAAUGGUUAGCUUCACAAUUGUUAUUUUAUGAUACUCACUAGCUUAACUUAGUGAGCUGUGAAAGCAAUCUGACUUCAGGCAGCCUUCCUGCUCCCUCCAAGCGCGGACAGAGGGUCCGGCCACUUGAAUCGGGGGCUUAGUUUAUUAGUCUCCAGGAUGCUUGUUGACCUAGUCACUCCCAUUGGGGGAAAUACAAAAUGCAGCUAUUUCUGCUGGGCUUGUCAUCCCCUUCACAGGGGCUGUUGGCCCUGGUCGGAACCAUGGUUUGGGGCCCGUCUGGGUCCCCUUGGCCACUCCAACUUAACGGAGUGGGUGUCAUUUCCUCCCACAGUAUUGCUGGACAGGCCGACUGCCUGUUGUGGGGCAAACCCGAAAGAAGCUUUGAAAAAUGCUUGUGUUCUUUGUAGGGAGUUGAUGCUUAGGCCCAGGCCCAGCCUCACUGCGCUGCUGACCAUGAACCUUUCAUGGCUACUGCCUGAGUAGUCCUAUGGGGGAGCACUGUUCAGGAACCACUGUGCACUCUAGACAGAUCAGAAAGCACCUGAGGCUUUGGGCCAGAGAAUCUUCCCCCUGAGGGUCAAAGUUAGACUCUCUCUGAGGGUCAAUGUUAGAAUCCCUCAGCAGCUGUUUCCCUCACGCUAUCCAAGUGACCCAAAAGGAAUCUGCUUAAAGAGGGGCAGAAGACAUGGGACAAAAGCCCAAAGUUGAGCAAAGGUGAUAUCGGAACCCACUGGAAAUCCUAAACAGCUCUUUUUGCUCACUUGAAGACAAAUGUAUGAUGGGGAAAAUUAUUGGGCUGAUUUGGCCCAAACAUGUUUCUUUGGCCUGAAAUAGUCAUGGAAUUCUUCCCAAAGUGGUUUUGUUCCCUUUGGUGAUCUGCAGGAAGCCCUGGAUUCAAAUUCCAAAGGGGGUAAUUUAGUCUCUCAGAUGAAAAGUUGCAGAAAAGGGGUCAAUCUGCAUUGGGAGGUGGGGUUCCCUGCACUA